AUGGCCUGCUCACCAGCUCUCCUCGACGCUGCCGCCAUCGUCGUGGCGUUGCUCAUCCUCAACCGCCUCUUCGGCAACAAGCCGGCGAGGGCGGGUCCCCUUCCACCUGGUCCCAAGGGUCUUCCGCUCAUUGGAAACCUGUUGUACAUGCCCGCCAGUCACGAGUGGCAGACGUUCGCACAGUGGGGGCAGCGCUGGGGUGGUAUUGUCUCCGUCACUAUUCUGGGACAGCCCUAUGUCAUCCUGAACUCGGAAAAGCACGCCAAGGAGAUGCUUGAGAAGAAGAGCUCCAUAUACUCUUCAAGGCCCGUGAUCGCGUUCGGCAGCGAACUCGUCGGCUGGAAACGCAUUCUCGUCCUUCAACCUUACGGCAACACUUUCCGGGAACAUCGGCGCAUGAUUUUCCAGCUCAUCGGCAGCAAGAAGAACAUGGCACGUUUCGUGCCUCUUGUCGACGCUAAGACGCGCGAUUUCAUUACGGAAGUGUACCGUGAGCCUGAGAGUCUCCUCAAGCAUAUCCGGAAGUACGUCGAUCCUCUUGGCUCCUUCCAUGUGCACUGGCGCUAUCAUCCUGAUGAUGUCUUACGGAUACCAGAUAAGGACGAGGGCGAUCCACUCGUCGAGCUCGUGAACAGGGCCUUGGAGCAGUUCGCUAUCUGCACCGCUCCUGGCGCUUUCUUGGCGAACAUCUUCCCUGCGCUCGUCCACAUUCCGGCGUGGUUCCCGGGAGCCGGGUUCAAGAAGACGGCCGCCGCUUGGAGGGCGACGCUUGAACAGAUGUGUGAGGACCCGUACAAUCUUGUGAAGCAGCAGAUCGCUGCCGGUACGAACGUCCCGAGCUUUACAUCCAAGAACCUUGAGGGUGACAUCACGCCAGAGCGCGAAUUGAUCGUCAAGGAUGCGGCGUCGUCCCUCUACGCUGGCGGUGCGGACACGACCGUGUCUGCAAUCAACUCCUUCUUCCUUGCUAUGACUCUGCACCCCGAGAUUCAGGCCAAGGCACAUGCUGAGAUCGAGGCCGCCAUCGGAAACGACCGUCUCCCCACUGCGGAGGACCGCAAAAACCUUCCGUAUGUCAACGCGGUGUUCCUUGAGACCCUCCGCUGGAACAAUGUCGCUCCGCUUGGCAUCCCCCAUCGUCUCAUCGAAGACGAUGUCCAUGACGGCUACUACCUCCUCAAGGGCACGACCGUCAUCACCAACCUCUGGCAGAUGCUCCAUGACCCAGAGACCUACCCUGACCCUGGCUCCUUCAACCCGGACCGCUUCCUGUCGUACCCCGGACACGAGCCGGAGUUGGACCCUCGUACCAUAGCAUUUGGUUUCGGUCGUCGGUAA